AUGGGGAGUUUAGAGGAUGUCGGAGAGCCACAGCACGAGCGCUGCAUGAGAGUUUAAUAAUAUGUUUCAGUCCAGGACAUGUGGACCAACAACCCACCGUUUAAAAAAACGAGCAUCAGCCCUGUCGAGCAGCUUCAGUGACCUCUGCCUGUGUCUGACCCUCUCUCACGGGUCUUAAACAGUUACAGCAGGCUGAUCUCGCGCUGUGAGGCCGGAUACAGAAUGCCACAGUUACGCGGCCUCCUCAUCACACUUUUAUUUGUUGAGACAGUUGCUGAAAAAAAGUACUGUUGGUACUUUGAAGGAGAUUACCCUGUGUACUUUGUAUGCAAGACAUAUGAAGACUGCUGUGGCACACAAUGCUGUGUUCGAGCUCUUUCUGUUCAGAGAAUAUGGUAUUUCUGGCUGCUGCUGAUAAUUGGCAUUUUGUGCUGCUGCAGUACUGGGUACUUCAUUCGCAGACGUGUCCACCCUUACCCUCCUCCCGACAGACCGGAGUUUAACGUGGCCUUCACCAGACAGCCCAUCAUAUCACCAGGAUUGCAUCAGGCUGGCUUUCACAAUUAUGGAGACUCAGAGACUGCAGUCAUUUCCACCGUCUACCAAGUGCAGACCCACCCUGGUCACGUGACUGCAGUGUAUUCAGCCGUUCCGUCCCACUACAGACAGCCCCCUCCUUCCUAUGAGCAGGUCAUGCAGGACUCGCAGAAGAAAUAAACAGACCCUUAGCACA